AUGAAACUGUUUUAUAGCAGAUCAUUGUUCAACCAUAAAUCUAUCUAUGUCAGUUUAUUAUCUAUCUAUCUAUCUAUCUAUCUAUCUAUCUAUCUAUGUCAGUUUAUCUAUCUAUCUAUCUAUCUAUCUAUCUAUCUAUCUAUCUAUCUAUCUAUCUAUGUCAGUUUAUUAUCUAUCUAUCUAUCUAUCUAUCUAUCUAUCUAUCUAUUAUUCUAUCUAUGUCAGUUUAUUAUUAUGUCAGUUUAUUAUCUAUCUAUCUAUGUCAGUUUAUUAUCUAUCUAUCUAUCUAUCUAUCUAUGUCAGUUUAUUAUCUAUCUAUCUAUCUAUCUAUCUAUCUAUCUAUCUAUUUAUUUUAUUAUCUAUCUAUCUAUCUAUCUAUUAUCUAUCUAUCAUCUAUCUAUCUAUGUCAGUUUAUUAUCUAUCUAUCUAUCUAUCUAUCUAUCUAUCUAUCUAUGUCAGUUUAUUAUCUAUGUCAGUUUAUUAUCUAUCUAUCUAUCUAUCUAUCUAUCUAUCUAUCUAUCUAUCUAUCUAUCUAUGUCAGUUUAUUAUCUAUCUAUCUAUCUAUCUAUCUAUCUAUCUAUGUCAGUUUAUCUAACUAUCUAUCUAUCUAUGUCAGUUUAUUAUCUAUCUGUCUUUCUAUCUAUCUAUCUAUCUAUCUAUCUAUCUAUCUAUGUCAGUUUAUUAUCUAUCUAUCUGUCUAUGGGAGGUUCUAGAGCCGCGAAACAAAAGAUACAAAAAAAACCCCAACAAACAAACCCUCUAUCUAUCUAUCUAUCUAUCUAUCUCUCGCUCUAG